AUGGCAUCUGGAUAUAACAGCUCUUCUGCCACACUCUCUGAGUUCCUCCUCAUCUGCUUCCCUGGAUUCCAGAGCUGGCAGCACUGGCUCUCCCUGCCCCUGAGCCUGCUCUUCCUCCUGGCCAUGGCUGCCAAUGCCACCCUCCUGCUCACCAUCUGGCUGGAGGCCUCUCUCCAUGAGCCCAUGUACUACCUGCUCAGCCUGCUCUCCCUGCUGGACAUUGUGCUCUGCCUCACUGUCAUCCCCAAGGUCCUAGCUAUCUUCUGGUUUGAUCUCAGAACCAUCAGUUUCUCUGCCUGUUUCCUCCAGAUGUUUGUCAUGAAUAGUUUCCUAACCAUGGAAUCCUGCACCUUCAUGGUCAUGGCAUAUGACCGUUAUGUGGCCAUCUGUCACCCCCUGAGAUAUCCAUCCAUCAUCACUGACCGCUUUGUGGCCAAGGCUGCUGUUUUUGUCAUAGCUCGGAAUGCCCUCUUUUCCCUGCCUGUCCCCAUCCUCUCUGCCCGACUACAAUACUGUGCACGGAACAUCAUCAAGAAUUGCAUCUGCACCAACCUAUCUGUUUCCAUACUUUCCUGUGAUGAUAUCACUCUCAAUCGGCUCUAUCAGUUAGUAGCUGGUUGGACCCUGCUGGGCUCUGAUCUCAUCCUCAUCAUCUUCUCCUAUACCUUUAUCCUUCAGGCUGUGCUGAGGAUCAAGGCAGAGGGGGCUGCUGCCAAAGCCCUGAGCACAUGUGGCUCCCACUUCAUCCUCAUUCUCUUCUUCAGCACCAUCCUACUGGUCCUGAUUAUCACCAAUGUGGCUAGAAAGAGAAUCCCUCCUGAUGUCCCCAUUCUGCUCAAUAUCUUGCACCAUCUCAUCCCCCCAGCCAUGAACCCCAUAGUGUAUGGCGUGAGAACCAAGGAAAUCAAGCAGGGGAUCCAGAGGUUACUAAGGAGGCUGUGA